AUGGCUGACACGGUUGCUGAAGUACCUACGAAGAGGUCAAGGGGCAGAAGAGUCCUGAAGGAGAAAAAAACCCCAUCAACAAACGAGGCCAACAUCUUAGCUGGGAAGGUUUCUGAGUCCUCUACAACACCAAUUUCACCACCUGAUAAGGCUCGUGUUGCCUCAAAGAAACAACAAUCUUUCGAGAAAGAGUUGCUAGAGAUGCAGGAAAAGCUGCAGCAAUUGCGCCUUGAGAAGGAGAAGACUGAAGAGCUUUUAAAGGCCAAAGAUGAGGCUCUCAAGCUGAAGGAGGAAGAGCUCGAAAGCCGUGAGCGGGCGCAAGAGAAGCUUCACAUUGAGCUGAAAAAGUUGCAGAAGUUGAAGGAGUUUAAGCCUACCAUGAAUUUGCCUGUGUUGAAAGAUAAUGAACCUAAAAAGAAGGAUAAGAAAAAGAAUGGGUGCUCUGAGAAAAAAAGGCCUUCUCCACCUUACAUUUUAUGGUGCAAAGACCAAUGGAAUGAGAUUAAGAAGGGGAACUCAGAGGCAGAAUUUAAGGACAUAUCAAACAUGCUGGGGGCUAAAUGGAAGUCAAUUAGUGAAGAAGAGAAGAAGCCUUAUGAGGAGAAAUACCAUGCUGAAAAAGAAGCUUAUUUGCAAGUAAUUGCGAAGGAAAAACGUGAGAGUGAAGCAAUGAAGCUGUUGGAAGAAGAGCAGAAGCAAAAGACUGCCAUGGAAUUGCUUGAACAGUAUAUGCAAUUCAAACAAGAGGCAGAAAAAGAGACCAAGAAAAACAAGAAGGAGAAGGAUCCAUUGAAACCAAAGCACCCCGUUUCAGCUUAUUUCUUGUUUACUAAUGAUAGGCGAGCAGCUCUUCUAGCUGAGAACAAGAAUUUCUUGGAGGUUCCUAAGAUCACAGCUGAAGAAUGGAAAAACAUGACAGAACAACAAAGGAGGCCUUAUGAAGAGAUGGCAAAGAAAAACAAGGAGAAGUAUAACCAAGAUAUGGAGGCUUAUAAACAGAAAAAAGAUGAGGAGGCUACUCAACUCAUGAAAGAAGAGGAGGAGAAUAUGAAACUUCAGAAACAGGAAGCAUUGCAACUGCUGAAGAAGAAGGAGAAAACUGAAAAUAUGAUCAAGAAAACAAAAAAGAAUCAACAAAAGAAGAAACAAACCAAGGAAGAUAAGAAUGUUGAUCCAAACAGGCCUAGGAGGCCUCCAUCCUCAUUCAUCCUAUUCAGCAAAGAAGCAAGGAGAAAUUUACAAGAGGAACGAACAGGAAUCACCACAUCAACCCUUAAUGCACUUGUUUCUUUGAAGUGGAAGGAACUGAGCGAGGAAGAUAGACAAUUGUGGAAUGGAAAAGCAUCUGAAGCAAUGGAUGCAUACAAGAAGGAAUUGGAGGAAUACAACAACAAAUCCAUAGCUGCAGACCAGGAGCAGGACCAUAAUGCCAAAGAAUAGUGAAGAAAAUAAAUCCCCUU